AUGGCUGACGUUGUUCAAGGCGCUGUGCCGUGUGUUGGCGUGCGCAAAGAGGCCGUGUCGGCGCGUGUGUGCUGGCAGAGCAGCGCGGAGGAGAAGCGGCUGCUGAGCCUGGAGCGGCUGCUGCGCGUGUUCCUGCCGCCGGCGCUCGCCAAGGCCACGCGCGCCAAGGAGGUGCAGGCCAUCCUGCUGUUCGCCUCCAUGCUCGCAAAGCAGCGCUCAUUCACCAAGAUAUCCUUUCUCCAUGGAAGAAAUGCUCUAGAAUGUCACAGGGAAUUUGUGGAAGCUGUUGGGAAUAAUGCCCUUACCUACUGGACAGUCGCGAGAUAUCCAAGAGUGCUUCAGAGAGGACACUUGGCAACCUGUAAUCAGCAACGCAGUCACACACAGUUCCGGCAGGUGACUAACGCGCUGCGCUGCAGAUGGAAAGAAGCGCCGGGCGCAGCGGUGGGCAGCGGCGGAGAGGAGGUGUGGGAGACGGGGUGGUGCAGGGCGAAGCGGCCAGAAGCCAUUGUCUGUGAGAAGACGGCUCUGCCCUUGGGCGGUCGCCCGCAGGGCGCGGCGGAGGCGGCGGAGGAAGGGCAGGGAUUCAGGCGCUUGAGAAGUGGAGGAGGUGAGGGGUGGGUGCAGUUGGUUUGGGAGAACACGGUGGUAACGGGGUAUGAUAAGAAGGUGCCGACCCUACGCCCACAGCGUACUUGUUGUCCACAUCUCAGUGUGCCAAAUGAGGUGUGUAAAGCAGAGAUGUUUGUGCAUGGGCGUCGCUGUCGCGCUCUGCCGCAGCAAUUCCCGCGCGAGAAGGAGCUGCAGAACCGCGCGGCGCAGCGCGAGGCGUCGGAGCGGUUCAACCUGUCGCGGCUGCAGGACGAGUACGGCUUCGUGCAGUGGCAGCCGCUGCUCGAGGAGGUCUUCUCGCGCAACUUCACCGACGACGACGUCUUCUACGUGCGAGCGCCCGACUACAUGCGCCGCCUGCAGUCCAUGCUGCUGCACUUCCAGCGAAGGGUGGUGCACAACGCGCUGCUGCUGCUGUUCGCGCGGGACUCGCUGUGGGAGCUGGUGGACGCAACGGCGCUGGCGAGCGACGCGGGCGGCGGCGGGGGCGACGGCGGGGGCGACGGGGGCGGCGUGGGCGUGGGCGUGGGCGCGGGCGCGGGCGCGGGCGGCGCGGGCGGGCGCUACUGGCCCGGCUUCUGCGCGCGCGUCACCGUCUCGCUAUUCGCGCGCGCCGCCUCCGCGCUCUACCUGCGCCAAAUUUCUCCACCGGGCUACCCUGAGCAGUCUUGUACUUCAGGUGCUCCACCUUCUCGACGCAGUGGCAGCGCCUUGCGACUGCGCGUCAACGCUUUGUUUCCCGGAGUCCUUUGUGUGACAUCUAACGAUGAUGAUGAUGAUGAUAUCGUGGUGGUGGCUAAGCAUAGGUGGCCUAAGGUGCAUGUUGAUCCAGAAAACUUUUUUAACAACGUGAUUAGUCGAUAUCGGCAAAUGAGGAAGAUCCCGCACGAUAUCCUAGAGAAUCCUGUGUCAGAAAAGAAGUGGGCCUAUCCGUUCGUCGUCAACGCCUUCUACGUUCGCUCCAUCAACAGCAUGGUGAUCCCGCUGGCGGUGCUGACGCAGCCCACGUUCCGCGCGGACGUGCCGCGCUACGUGCCGCACGCGACGGUGGGGCUGCUGCUGGCGCACGAGAUGGUGCACGCCUUCGACCUGGCCGGCAUCGCGCACGGCGCCGACGGCGCGCCCGCCGACUGGUUCUCGGCGCCCGCGCGCCUGCGCCUCGAGGCGCGGCUGGACUGCGUGGCGCGGCAGUACGCGGCCGCCUUCACGCGCCAGGUGGCCUUCCUCGGCUCCUCCGUCGACGUGCAGAACAUGGCGGACAUCGCGGCGCUGCAGGUGGCGCACUCUGCGUGGCGGGCGGCGCUGGCGGCGACGCCAGACGGCCCCGACGCGCGCCUCCCGCACAUCAACCUCAGCACGCGCCAGCUUUUCUUCGUCGCCGCCGCUCAGUCUUACUGUUCGUCUCUGACGCCAGAGGAGUACAUUGUGCUGGUGGAAGUUGAUCACCACACUCCGUAUCCAGAAAGAAUCAACGGCAUGAUGAUGAACUCCCCGGCGUUUGCUGAGGCUUUCAAAUGCCCCGUGGGAUCUCCAAUGAAUCCUGAAAAGAAAUGUGCCAUUUGGUGAACGAUGUUCUUUGUGGACUUCAACCUUGACACGCCGACAUGUGGUUUUGCAUACUAUAAAGGACAGAAAAUUCCUUAUAGUCAGG